AACUGGAAUUUGGGCGGGUAUUGUAGAAGGUUACUCGUAGAUGCUAUGGAAAUAAUUAAUUAGCUUGGCUGGCAAGCAAAAUUAGAAGUGAAAAUCGAUAAAUUGAUAUUAAAUCCAAGCUGGAGGAAUCCUCUGAUUGGUUAAUAUUUUCAGGCGGUGAUCGCAUAUAAUUAAAUCCAAGCUGGAGGAAUCCUCUGAUCGGUUAAUAUUUUCAGGCGGUGAUCACAUAUAACAAAGGAGAAAUUCAAGGGUCUUCACCUAAAACUACUUGCCCCUUCCAUUUACCUUUCCGUUCUCUAUUUCUUCUUCACUUUGCAUUCUUAACACUGUGAUUUAGUUUCCUUUUCAAUAUUGAAAUGGCUCCAAGGAAACGACAAAGGAAGGCUCUUAAGGGUCAGAUGCGUAAGGAUGCAGCUAUUGAUGCUAUGAGGAGUUAUGGCUUCCCUCAUAAACUGAUUAACACUACAAUCAACGAGCUUUUGGACGUUUAUGGUUUGGAAGGAUGGCCAUUUAUUGAAGAGACUUCAUAUAAAGUACUGCUUGACAAUAUCCUUGAAAAAAUUGAGAAAGAGGCAAUGGAAAAGAGAGAUUGCAAAGAUGGAAAUGAAACCAAAUCAUUAGCUGCUGGAACGUCAAAUAGUGGUUCUGUCCCUACAUGCCCUACCGAGGAGAAUGCUAAUGAGGCUCCGGAUACUGCAUCAGGGACUAAUGGAAUUCCAAACAUUGCAUUACAGAUUAUUGGCUCUGAAACUAAUGCUGAGGGAGAAGGAAGUAGCUGGAAGGACAUCAACUUGGACCAAGAUUCCAAGAAGCAACAAAUGGCCGAUGCUGUCAAGACAGAAUAUAGGGAUUUUGAAGCUGUUGAGAAACUUGGCAGCAGAAGCCACUCUCCUAAAUACGAUGUUCUUUCACCAGACAGAGUGGAUGCUUUUCCAGGAGGAAGGAGAAGACCUUACUAUGGUUGGAUUAGUAAUGACGAUGAUUGGGAUCUUGUGGAGCUAAAACCAGCACCAUUACCAGAGAAGAUAGCAAAGUUACUCUUAGUAGCAGAUGGUUCCAGAAGCCUUAAGAGAAGGUGGCCUGAAGAUGUGUAACAUUCUCCAUUACUGUGUAAUGAUGCUUUAAAGAAAAGGUUCAAAGUGUAAAUCUCAAUUAUCUGCAGGCUAAACUAAACUAGUUUCCUCCAUCAAUACAGUCUUUGUAUAUCUAAUAUCUGUAGGCUUUUUUAAUUUCCUUUCUUGUUUCUCCAAAACCAAAAUAGAGACGAGAAGCAUGUGAGGCAUUGAAUUGUGGAAUGGUUUAUUCAUGCUUAAGCAUAGUGUAGCUAGAUUCUUUGUAAUGCAAAGUUCCUGAGUGAUGAAUGUUGGUUAUUUGGUAAAUUUUUA